AUGCAUCUACGUUGGAUAAUAUUACUUACUACAUUUAUAGUUGUUAAUGCACAAAGUGAUCUACCAGCAACACCUCUUUUCAUACGUGGAUUAUGGUGUCUUGCAAAACGGUCACAAUCAACACAAGCAUAUACACAAACUGGUCAAGCUUUUUUCUAUAAUAAUGGUACAUUUACAUUUAAUUAUCUUGAUAAUCCAUCAUCUACUUGGAUCAAUCAUUUUGUGGCAGUGAAUAAUACAGAUGGAAGUGGUGGUACUUAUCAAUUCUUCACAAUGACAACACAAGGUUCUUCACAAUAUUUAAAUAAAACAUCAUGUUUUUGGCUACGAAGAUUAAGUAAUGGUGAUGUUGUUUAUGGUCGUCAAUCAAAUGGUAGUUGUACACCAACAUUUGAAAAUGAUACAUCAUCUGAAACAACUCAAUAUACACGAAAUCCUACAACAUGUCGACUUAUUGAUGAUGAAAAUACUAAUCUUGUUUUAUCAAGUACAUCAUUCGAAACAGGAACACUUCUUCCAUUUGAUCGACGUUUACCAACAGCCAUACGUCAAGGUGUUGUUUUCUAUGGAAGUUCAUCUAUUGUAAUGUGGAAUACUUUAGCACAAGAUUUUCCAGAUUAUACAACUCUAAAUCGAGGUUUUGGCGGUUCAACACUUGUUGAAUGCUUUCAACAAUAUAAACGCAUUGCAUAUCCAUUAGAACCAAGUGUAUUUAUUAUUUAUGCUGGUGAAAAUGAUAUUGCUAAUGGACAACCUGCUGUCGCUCUUCAAACAGUUUUCCGACAGUUUAUUCCACUUAUUCGUCGUUUUUAUCCUCACAUACCGAUUGCUUUUAUAUCGUUAAAACCAAGUCCAUCACGUAUUGAUAAAAUGAAUCAGAUGAAAGACGCUAAUAAUCGCAUUCGAGAUGAUAUUCGUUUAUUAUAUCCUGGUGUGACUUUUAUUGAUAUAUGGGGAGAUAUGCUUCUACCUGAUGGACAACCAAAUCGAGAUUUAUUUCUAUCGGAUAUGUUACAUAUGAACAGUAAAGGUUAUGUUAUUUGGACAAAAGCAGUUGCAAAUUAUCUUCAAUCAGUUUUUUAA